GGGAGAGCAUCUCGUCUUGCCUCGCUGGUUCUGGGGCCGACUGGAAGCGGAGGGAGGCCGGAGGACCGAGGACAGGAUGGAGGAGGACAGGAAGCAGUUCCUUUGCGGGGUGGUGGAAGGUUUCUAUGGGAGGCCUUGGUCUAUGGAUCAGAGGAAAGUUCUCUUCCAAUGGAUGCAGAGCUGGGGGUUGAACAGCUACCUGUACGGGCCCAAGGACGACCUGAAACAUCGACUGUUGUGGAGAGAAGUCUAUUCUCCUGAAGAGGAAAGUCAGUUGCGUACUCUCAUAGUCGAGGCCCAGUCGAGAGGUUUGAGGUUUGUUUACGCCCUCUCCCCGGGUCAGGACAUCGUUUUCUCGUCUUCCUGUGACUUGACGCUUCUCAAACGCAAGCUGAGACAGGUAUCAGACCUGGGUUGCCAGGCGUUUGCCAUUCUCUUUGAUGACAUCGACCACUCCAUGUGUCAGGCCGACAGCGAGGCCUUCACUUCAUUCGCUCAUGCUCAGGUCACCGUAACCAAUGAGAUUUACCGGUUUUUGGGGGAACCACCUGUCUUCCUAUUUUGCCCUACAGAGUACUGUGGCUCUCUGUGCUCCCCCAGUGUGUCUAAGUCUCCUUACCUGCAGACUGUUGGAGAGGAUCUGCUGCCCAACAUCACAGUCAUAUGGACAGGGUCUAAGGUCAUCUCCAGGAAGCUGUCUGUGGACUGUCUGGCUGAGGUGGAGUCUGUCCUCCAGCGUCCUCCGCUCAUCUGGGACAACCUGCACGCCAACGACUACGACUCCAGACGCCUCUUCUUGGGGCCUUUCAAGGGUCGGGAGCCUCAGCUGAGGAGCCACCUGAGGGGCCUCCUUCUCAACCCCAACUGCGAGUUUGAGGCCAACUACAUCCCGCUGCACACGCUGGGAAGCUGGCACCGAGCUGGGAAAGAGGAGCUGAAAGAUGAGGAGUGUGAUAGUCCUGAUAGAGCUCUGUCUGCUGCACUACAUGACUGGAUGGAGGAGCUCACCAGCCCUCUGCAAGCAGGCCGGCAGAGCUCCAGGACAGACCAGCGCUCCUCUGUCCCAACAUCUCGCUGCAAAACCCCCGACAGACCCGACUGCCCCUCCACCUUCAGAGGAAGCUCCGCCGUGGCCAAACUCCCUGUCUUCCCUCUCAACUCCAGCUCCCCUCCCUCCUCACCCACCAAGGGGAGAGGGAACCUCGAGAGGGGGAGAAAAGGAGGCCGAACCAGCCGAGCCAAGCCAACCACCAAGCCUCCAGGAUCGAGGCCCGGAUUUCUGGCAGGCGGAGGCCGAGGACAGCGGGCGCAGGGUCGGGGGCUGAGUGGUGGGAAGGGUUUGCUGAGUGAGUCCCAGGUACGACUGCUGGUUGGUCUUUACUAUCUGCCCCACGAGCACGGCCCGUCAGCCCAACUGCUGCAGGAUCUGACCUGGCUGAAGUCGAACUGCCACGUGGUCGGCUUGAACAGCAAGAAGGCCCCGCCUCAGAAGGUUGAUGAGUGGCGUGGGCGAGCCUCGAGGUUCCUGUCUCUGUGUGAGGACAUCGCACAGCUCCACUGCAGCGUGGUGGGCGGAGCCAACAGGGCUGUACUCUAUGACCUUUACCCUUAUGUGUGGGACCUGAGGAACACAGCUCUGGUGGCCAAGGCCUUUAUAUGCUGGCUAGAUGGACGAGUGUUGAGUGACAGCUCCACCCUCGGCUCCUGGAGGAACUGUUUCCACUGGUGUGGGAAGACCACAGGAGCAGACGUCCUGGGAGUGGAGUCAGAGCCAUGGGUGUUCAAAGGAGGCGUGUCUGGGGAGGUGCAGAUGCUUCUCCCAAUAGGCAGCAGCAGUGAACUUUUCACCCAUCCUCCUCCUCUCUUCCCUACCUCUCGUCUCUACAACAUCAGGCCCUAUCACAGCAAAGACAAGGUGGAGCUAUACCGGAUGGUCCGCCAACUUCACCUGAGGACUCAGGGUGUCCAAGAGUCGAGUGCUGCUCAUCCAGACGUCAUAGGCGACAGAUGUCUUGGACCGUGCCUGGCGUUGUGCCCAGAGUACAGCUUCAUUCUGGAGGAUGAGCUGGGUGUUUGCGGCUGCGUGUUGGGCAUCUUGGACGUCCGCUCCUUUGCCAAGCGGUGCCAGGCCAGCUGGAUACCCGCCAUGAGGGACAAAUACCCACCCAAAGGGAAUGUCACCCUCCCCAACACACAGGACUUGAUCCAGUUGAUGGAGGAGGACCAGGGCGAGUAUCCAGACUCGCUCCUCUAUCACUUCCCCUCUCAGCUGCGACUGGACGCCCUUCCUGAGCUGGUGGACAUCAGCGUCAGCCGCACUCUGCUCACCGCCCUCCUCACUGCACUCAAAGCCAACGGUUCUCAGGGUGUGUUCUGUGAGGUGCAGCCUACAGACCGUCAGAGGCUGGAGUUCUUGACCAAACUGGGCUUCCUGGAGAUCCUCAGAGGAGAAGCCAGGAGCAGAGAGGGGGUGGUGCUGGGGAGGCUGCUCUGAACACAAAACACACACUCACAUGGUCACGCACAUGCACCCCACCACACCACACCACACCACAAACAGCAAAAACACUCACACACAACGGCACUUAGACAUGCAGAAAGACGUAUGUGCAGCACAGCAUAGAGACAGCUGCAUUUCCUCCGUCAAGAGCGGAAACCUGUCUUUGAGGGACAGUUCUAGAGUCCGUUGAGUCUGUGUGGCAGUAAUGGGGAUGAACCCGGAGAUUUCUGAGGGAUUAGCAAAACAGAAAAUAAGCUUUCAGUUUAAACCUUUAGCAAAGCUUCUCGGAUUCCACCCCGUCUGAGGAUUAGAUGAUUCCUUCAAGUUUCAGGGAAGGCAGCAGGAGGAUAGGCUGAGAUGGGAGCAGAGCGCGAGAUCACAGCAGCUACAACAUACAUUUAAAAAACAUGAAUUAUGAAUGAUGCCAGUGGCUGUUAAAUGAACUGGCACGGCACUAAAACAAAGGGUGGAGGUGGAUCUGACUACACGAGGCUAUGAUUUGACGAGUCUUGCAGUCGAACGUGUCGCCCCAGCACCGUGUAUAAUGGUCCGGCUGCACCUCGUUGUCAUUCUGCUCGAGGAGGAAAAUGCUCCGGCUUGUUUGUAUUCCUUUAAAACUGAUCUCAAUAAACUUUGGUGGUGCUAAGCCCAGGAUGCAGUGAUGGUGCCCCGGCAAAAUACUGGAUUGAUCUGGUGGAACAUUUGCACACUGGUCAUUAACUUAGCUAAUUUGCCAGCUAGUUCAAACCAGACUGCCUUUUGCACUAUCACAAGCCUUGGCAAGACUUGUUUUUUUCUGCAAAAGAGAUUAUUAAAGUGUGAUCACAUGUGAAAGGGAGGAUAAAGUCACAACUUCUAAUAUUUUCUUUAAGAAGAUUCACAUAAAAAUCAACCAAAAUCCAGCAAAAUUUGCUGGAUUUUAGUUGAUUAUUUAGGGAAUGUUUCUAAGAAACAUUUUUAACAUUUCUUUUUUCCACCAAAAAAUGUUCAAAGAUUUCCCAAAAACGUUGAAAAUGUGGACAUCAGAAGUUUCACUGUGAAAAUAUAUAUUUAUUCCCACAUUUUCAAACUUUAAAACGGGUCAAUUUUGACCCGCAGGACGACACAAAGGUUAAGUAUGACUAGCUGUUUCCCACUGUUACCAGUCUUCAUGCUAAGCUGGCCGUAGAGUUUUAUUGAUCUUCCGAAUUGACACUGAUCAAGCUUCUCUGUCUGAUCUUGUGCUCUGCUCCCUCUGCUUUCUUCAUGAAAUUAUCUUUUGUUUUCCUAAAAGUUAGGAUGUUGUUUUCGAGCGCCUGUCCUGUCGAUUCAACAGUCUGCUAACAGCAGGUCAGACCCAGGCGUGGCAUCACUGUUUACACUCGCUUAGUAUAGAUGAAUGUUUACAUGCAUGAAGAACAAAACAUCAAGUAGGGAUACAUGUCUACUGACACCGACAUACUCAAAUAUAAUUUCAACGGCAUGCUCUAACAUUGCAACUUAAAUGAAGAUUUUUCAUUGGGUUUCUCUCUGCCAUUAUAGCUGUAAAAUCUUAAGGACAUAAAAUGCAAAUGCAUGCUAAAAUUCAUCAGAAAAACAAAAAAAAACAACUACACACACACACACACUUCAGUUUACACUUGGUUCAAUUGGAUAAAACAGAUACCUCUCCCUCAUGUCGCAUCAUUUACACAGUUGUCAGAUACUGUAAACGUUGCCAGUUGUGUGUACACGCCGGCAACACGUGGUGUAUGUGUGUGUACUCUGUAUGUGGUGUAUGCAUGUGUGAGGGCGUGCCAAAUAUACAAACUAAGACCGCUGUGUCAUUCUGCCUUUAUUCUGAACCAUAAUGAACACACACACACACACACACACAACCAUGCUUAAAAGAAAGAAGCACAACAGCACUCACAAUCAAACCUUCAACUGAAAGUAUGUACAACUAUGAAUGUUCAUCUUUUUGUAACGCAGCGUAGGGACACAACUACUGCAAGUAUUUAUAUUUCUACUUUUGAUUUCAUGUUUUUUUUUUUUACAUUAAUGCUCGAUCAAUCACAGACUGAAAGGCACUUUUUGUAUGUUUCCUCUCGUUACCAACGUCAGCGCCAUCGUCUGUGAGGUGAUAAAAGAAUUCAGUCCCAGAGCUGAAAAUUGUGUAGACGACGACAAAGCACUAUACUAGAAAUGCAUGAUGUAAAGAAAACUCUAGAAAAGAUGUAAGUGUUCGCCGCAGAGAGCCGUCACUUCACCCGUUACCGACCUGUGCGUUUUGUUUUUUUGGUAUUUUUGACACUACUAUGAUCUAAUUUAAGAACUUGUGUGUGAAUGUAGGCAUGUGUGUGUUUGGGGGAUACACAUGAAAAGUCCACACAGGCGACGUGAAGCACUGUGAAAACAGAAAGUCAAACAAACCGCGGCAUUUUUCCAUUGAAGAGAAUUUUGAAGAAGAGCAAUCAUGCCAACAACAAGAAUGAUAAUCGUAAUAAUAAUGAUAACAGUUGCCUUUAAACUUCAGGCUUAAGCAGCUGGCCACUCCGUUCAUUUCAUAAACACAUCACCUGUCUCACUGUCUGCCUGCAUUAAGUUACAUGUACAGUCUGUUUACAAUGAGUUCCAGUGGAGUGCUAUGUAGUGUCUAUGCAGGGUGGUGGAGGAGUUAAAAAAAAGAAGAAAAAAAAAAGGAAUUACUGUAGAAUUCAGUCUGUGUUUUUAUUGACAGUAAAAGUGUCAUUUAAAAAAACAAAACAUCAUUUUAAAAACAAUGAUUUUAUUGAACUGACUUGUUGAUUUUCAUGCUUAUUAAAAGAAGUUUUCUUUCCCUUUAA